CUAACCCAACGUCUACAUAAAAACCAUAGCCACCGUCCCUCUCGGUCUCAGUCAGUGCCAAAACCCAAAACCUCACUAAAACCAUGAAGUUCCAGGUCGAAGACGUGACGGUCUACUUCCCGUACGACCACUUAUACCCGGAGCAAUACACCUACGUGCUCGAGCUCAAGCGCGCCCUCGACGCCAAGGGCCAUUGCCUCCCCGAGAUGCCCACCGGCACUGAAACCAUCGCCCUCCUCUCUCUCAUCGCCUCCUACACUCUCUCCAAACCCCAAAACCCCGUCAAGCUAAUCUACUGCACCCGCACGGUUCACGAGAUGGAGAAGACGCUCGCCGAGCUCAAGCUCCUCCACAAUUACCAGGUCAAGCAUCUGGGUCCGCAGGCCCAGAUCUUGGCGGUCGGUCUUUCAUCGAGGAAGAAUCUUUGUGUUAAUUCGACAGUGUUGGCGGCGGAGAAUCGGGAUUCUGUGGAUGCGGCUUGCUGGAAAUUGACUGCCAGCUGGGUCAGGAACUUGGCGGCGGAAAACCCAAAUGUGCCAACUUGUGAGUUUUAUGAGGAGUAUGAGAAAGCUGGGUCUGGAGCUGUUUUGCCUCCUGGGGUUUAUACAUUGCAAGUAUUGCUCAAUUGGGUUUUUGAUAAAUUUUGUUUCUUUGAAUUUGGAUUUGAGGGCGUAUGGGAAGCAGAGAUGGUGGUUUAUAGUUAUCAGUACAUGCUUGAUCCCAAAGUGGCUGGGAUUAUUUCCAAGGAAAUGCAAAAGGAGUCUGUUGUUGUGUUUGAUGCGGCUCAUAUUAUCGAUAAUGUGUGUAUUGAAGCGUUUAGUGCUAGUGCGAGGAGGCAGACAAUUGAGGGCUUGUUUCGAGCUUUCUUAGUUAAUAGAUUGCUUAAAGAAUACAACCGGCUAGUUGAGGGUUUGGCACAAGGAGGAAACCUACCUAUCACGGAUACUUGGCUUAAAACUGCUCUACCUGAUGAUAUUUUGAAGGAGGCUGUGCCUGGAAAUAUUCGUAAAGCGGACCAUUUUGUGCAUGUGUUACGAAGAUUGGUCAAUCAUCUGGAAGUCCGUCUUGAAACCGAGAAUGUUGAGAAGGAGGGCCCGGUUAGUAUUGUUGCCACUAUCAGUUCACAAGCUGGAAUUGACCAGAAAACUCUUAAGUUUUGUUAUGAUCGCCUACACUCACUAAUGAUGACGUUAGAAAUUACUGACACAGAUGAACUCUUACACAUUCAAACGAUUUGCGACUUUACGACACUUGUGGGGACAUACACUCGUGGAUUCUCUAUGAUAAUUUAACCAUUUGAUGAGAGAAUGCCACACAUUCCUGAUCCUGUUUUACAGCUUUGCUGUCAUGAUGCUUCACUUGCCAUAAAGCCUGUAUUUGAUCGAUUUCAAUCAGUUGUGAUUACAUCUGGAACCUUGAGCCCAAUUGAUCUCUACCCCCAUCUUCUUAAUUUCCAUCCUGUCAUCAGUCGAAGUUUUACUAUGUCAUUAACAAGAGAUUGCAUAUGCCCAAUGGUUCUCACCCGUGGAAGUGAUCAGGUUCCAGUAAGUACCAAAUAUGAUAUGAGAAGUGAUCUUGGCGUGGUAAGGAACUAUGGGAGGUUGCUGCUGGAGAUGGUUUCUGCUGUUCCAGAUGGGGUUGUAUGUUUUUUCGUCAGUUACUCUUAUAUGGAUAUGAUAGUCAAUAGCUGGAAUGAAAAUGGAAUUUUGAAGGAAAUAAUGCAGCAUAAGCUUGUUUUCAUCGAGACCCAAGAUGUGGUAGAGACUACUUUGGCUCCUGACAAUUACCGUAAGGCUUGUGACUGUGGGAGGGGUGCUGUCUUCUUGUCUGUUGCCAGAGGAAAAGUAGCUGAAGGAAUAGACUUUGAUCGAUAUUAUGGACGAUUGGUGAUCAUGUUUGGCAUUCCUUUCCAGUACACAUUAAGCAAGAUUUUGCUUGCACAGCUGGAAUACUUGCGGGAUACCUUUCAAAUAAAGGAGGGAGACUUUUUGACAUUUGAUGCCUUGAGACAAGCAGCUCAAUGUGUAGGCCGAGUCAUCCGGUCAAAAGCGGACUAUGGCAUGAAGAUUUUUGCUGACAAAAGAUGUAGCCGUCAUGACAAGCGAUCCAAAUUGCCUGGAUGGAUACUGUCGCAUUUACGUGAUGCACAUCUGAACUUGAGCACGGACAUGGCUCUGCAUAUAGCACGAGAGUUCCUUAGGAAGAUGGCUCAACCAUAUGACAAGGUUGGUGGCGGCAGCGGUAAGAAAACCCUUUUAUCCCAAGAAGACAUAUAGAAGACGGGUGAAAGCAUUGCUAAUGGUUUGCUGUGUUAAGGACUCUGCCUGAAAGCAAAGUGAGUGUCGCGGUUUGUGGGCUAUUGGUUCUUCAUUAGCUAAUUAUCAGUCCUACACAGAGGGGUUUGGCUGCGUAGGACACUUUGUUUUCGGUGAUCUGAGCAUUUACUUACCGGAGCAUGGCCCAGGAUUACGAUAAAAAUUUCGCUCAAAUUCAAUUUCCGGGUUUCAGGACUGAAACAUGCUGUACAAAUUCAGUCUUGUGGGUUUUUGGCUUGUAGUUUUGUCUUUGAACCUCAGUUUUGACUCGUUAUUAGAUUUUUACCAUCCCCAUGAAUUUAUAAAAGUUCUGUCUAAUUAUCCUCA